UUUCCUCAUUUGCUCUCUUUCAAACCUAACCCUAAGUAGCCCCUCUCUCAAGAUGGCCGACCCGCAAUGCCACGGCUUGUCCGAAACUUGUAGGAAGGGAGUCGGCAAACGCACCACCAUGCCGGUCGAGGCCAAGCCGGUGGUGGUGUCGGAAGUUGCCCCAAUCCCAAUAGCGCCGUGCGGUGCAUGCAAGUUCUUAAGGAGGAAGUGCGUUAGUGGGUGCAUUUUUGCACCCCACUUUGGCUCGGACCAAGGUGCAGCCAAGUUCGCCGCCGUUCACAAGGUUUUUGGUGCUAGCAACGUUUCCAAGCUCUUGCUUCACAUCCCGAUGAAUCGACGACACGAUGCGGUGGUCACAAUAUCGUAUGAAGCUCAAGCUAGGCUAUCAGACCCGGUUUAUGGUUGUGUUUCCACCAUACUUUCUUUACAACAACAGGUAGCAUCGCUGCAAGCCGAGCUAGUGAUGGUGCAAAACCAGCUGAUUAACAGCCGGUUCGCGAUGGCGAACGCCCUGCAAAGCUCGCAGCAGCAACAGCAACAUCACCAGCACCACCAUCAACAACAACAACAGCAACACUUAGCAUUGUUGCAACCAGCAUACUCAAACAAUUCAUCAGCAUCCAAUAACCUCAUAAACAUAAGCAACUUUGCCUCCAAUUUUGACCUUGUGGCUGAAACAACCACCGCACCUAAUUCUUCUCAAAGCAUGGACCAUCUUCAGCUCUCGAGGCCGUGUCAUGACGACGAAGACGACGAACAAGAUAGCCGGAUUCAGCCCGUUUUCGUCAAUCAAAUUAUUCAUCGUACAUAAUCUUUAGGGUAUCUACAUAUCUUUCUCUCUUUUUUUUCCUCUAAAAUUUAUAAAACUUAUAUGAGUUUAUUACUUAUAGACAUAUAUAUAUGCCUUGGAGUUUCUUUUCCGCAA